AUGGUGAUGGACGGUGGAGAUGAGAGUAGGGAGAUGAGGAAAAACGCUAAGAAAUGGAGGGAUUUGGCGAGGGAGGCUGUUGACGACGGUGGAAGCUCUCAAAUUAAUCUUAAGAUCAUUGCCCUCUCCUUUAAUUCUAUCAUCACUGAUAAAUAUGCACUUAUUUCCUUCAAAAACUCCAUCACUUCCGACCCUUAUGCUCUCUUGAACACUAAUUGGUCGCAAGACACAGUUUGUAAUUGGAUUGGUGUGUCGUGCGGCCUCAAACACCGUCGUGUCACAGCUCUCAAUCUCUCUGGCUAUGACCUUUUUGGAACUGUUGUUCCACAUCUCGGAAACCUAACGUUUCUCAGAUAUUUGGACAUCAGUUUCAAUAGUUUCGCGGGGUUCUUACCCUUUGAGCUAUCUAAACUGCAUCGUUUGAAGGUGAUGAAUGUGGGAGUGAAUUCGUUCACUGGAGAAAUACCAACAUGGUUGGGCAGUUUACCUCAACUAGAGGAACUCCAUAUGUACACUAAUAAGCUCAGUGGGUCCAUACCACAUGCUAUAUUCAACAUAUCUUCCCUCAGAGAUAUUAGAAUAAGAAAUAAUAGCCUUACAGGGCAAAUUCCACCAAAUAUAUGGAAAUGCACACAGCUUGAGAUCUUGGAGUUAGCCUUCAACAAUUUCAGUGGCAACAUUCCUCGUGAAAUUGGGAGAUUGAGCAUGCUUACAAGGGUGUUCUUGGCGUACGUUAAUGGAUUUCAAGGUGAACUGCCACAAGAGAUUGGUACUCUGCAAAAACUCAAAUAUUUCAAUUUGUUCAACAAUUUGCUAUAUGGAUCCAUCCCAUCUUCCAUAUUCAACAUAUCGACAUUGGUAGCAUUUCAUGCUCCAAACAAUGAUAUAUCAGGUGCUCUUCCUUCAGAUUUGGGGAAUUUGCUUGUCGAUUUUGAAAGGCUUACGUUGUCUAAUAACAAACUUAGUGGCCCAAUUCCAAGCUCUCUAACCAAUGCUUCUAAAAUUACCAUCUUGGAGUUGGAUGGAAACUCAUUUAGUGGCUCCAUACCCUAUUUUGGUAGUUUGAAGUUUCUACAUAGUCUAAUACUAGCAAACAAUAAUUUGAGUGGAGCAGAAUUCCCUACUCAUGAAUUGAGAUUUCUCUCGUCGUUGAGUAAUUGUCGACAUUUGCGGUACUUAGAAGUAACAGACAAUCCACUGAAUGGCAUCCUACCAGCUUCACUUGGGAAUUUUUCUCGUCUUUUGAGAGAUUUUCUGCCUUAG